CCGAAGGGCGCCCACAGCCAUCUCUUGUUUCAUCUUGCUAUUCAGAACUCAAUCUGCUUCCUACCUUGACCGCAACGUAUACCUGACCUCCACUUCCACCUGCUCCUCGCACCGCACGCACUUCGCUACUGAUCAUGGCGCUGAACUGGACGAUGACGAACGCGGACGGGAGCCCGAUCCCCUUGCCGCAGGAGAUGACGAUCUGCACAAUCGACUCUGGCGCGGAGCUCAAGCUGAGCGUAUCAGCGGACGCGCGGGGUGCUGCGGCGAAGAUUCUGCAGGCCGCAGGCCGCGUCUACCUCACUGACAAGCGGCUCAUCUUCAUCAGCCGCGCCGCCACACACAAGCCCCCCUUCGACUCGCUCUCCGUACCCCUACACUCCGUACUCUCGACGAAGUUCGAGCAGCCGACGUUCGGGUCGAAUUACCUGAAGCUGACGAUCAAGCCUGCGCCGGAUGGCGGGUUGACCGAGGGAACAGAGGGCGAGCUGCGCUUCAAGGAGCGGCCGAUGUUCGAGUUUGUGGCCCUUCUGGAGAAGACGCGCGAACGCGCGAUCUAUAUGGCGCGGCAAACGGAGGCGGACGAUGAGAAUCUACCGACUUAUAGCUCACCCGCGGAAGCCAGUACGGUGUCCUUUGUGGGCGGUGUACCGGUGGACAACCCGCCAGGCUAUGAUGCUUGAUCUGCGUUCGAUCUACGCUAGAUCUUUGGGACUUCUGGACGAUUUACUGAAUACCACUGGAAAUGCUGUCUGUACGCACGACUUCAUCGCUAGUUUAUGUGUACACUAUCAUGUAUCAUGCUGAAUACUCGCUUCCUGACUUUGUAAAAGACUCAAUCUACAUAGACGCGGAUGGUCUCAAGUGUGGGCAACGAACGACUCCGGCAGCUACUAUACAGUCCACGCGAAUCGCUUCUCAAUGUCUA